AUGGGAGGGCGCCCAUGGGGUACCGGCAGCCUACGUUGUCUUGUUUUAGAGCCAACCCCUCAAAAAUGGGACGUUAAACUUUUAUGGCUACGGAAAACGAAACAAGAAAUUGUGUUAAUGCACGUAAAACAAUGUUCUUUAGUUCAUGGAAUAGAUAUCUUAUCCAAAUUGCGGCCGGCAUUAAGUGAAACAGCCCUAUACGACUCCGGUGUGACCGAACUAGAUGAUUAUACAAUCAUCCACUCAGGAAGUCAAAACAGCGUGAAAGCAGCACAUGGAGUAGCGAUCUGUUUAGAUAAAUCUGCUGCGCGGUUAUGGAAAAGUUCCGGCUGGAUUUGGGAAGCUGUUAGCUCAAGAAUUGUAAUGGUUAUGCUGAAAUGCAAACCUAUUAAUAUCACAAUAAUAGCCGUUUAUGCGCCGGUGAACCCGUCUAACGGUCUUAAAGCUGAUGUCGAUGCGUCAGAUAAUUUCUACAGAAGUCUGCAAGAUGCAAGGGACAAAGUAAGGUGCACUUAAAGGAAAGUUACAGCAAAAAUUUUAUUUUUCGAUGUCUUAUAUAUCAUUCAAUAGAGAAUUCCACGGCGAGCAGGAAUAUGUGCUCCUUGAUUUUUUUAAAGGCUUCCUUCCGUUUGAAAAAUCGAAAAAACUCGAUGGAUGUGAAAAACCCGACUUUUCGCCAUUUUUGUAUAAAUUUGAGUUUCCCGAGUUUCAUGCCAACUUAGACUGUUGAAACUGCCAUAUUCUUGUUCAGCUUUGAAAACUGAAUCAGAAAAUGGCCUGAAAGCCGUUUCAGAUCUAAACGUCUGUGGACCAAGAUCGUCGAAAGCAAAGCGACCAAAACCCCUCUACCUAUUCUUACAAACUUUUCACAAGUUUUUCUUGAGAUGUUAGAGCCAAUAUUUUCACAUGGGUCGACGCGUUAGAUGCUCCUCUUCAAGAGUAUACGUGCAGUUUUUUGAAAUGUUUUGUCUUCGACGAGAAAAGUCGAUUUUACUAAGCCCUGUGCCCAAAACGCCAAAUCCUUUUCCGGUUUUAGAUAUUUAGAAGAUACAAAAGUGAUCCAUGGCUGCGAUCUUUGACUUGAGAAUUGCUCCUAUGACUAAGGGUAACCAUUUUCUCUGUGUACAUUGAUAUUUUCAUGUAUAUAAAUAUAAUCACAAGCAAAAUCAACGUCCAAAUUACUAUUACUGAUACGAGUGUGAGUUUUAACUGUUACUUCACAGUAAGAACUAAAAAUAUCUUCAUAACUUCACCUUACGACUGUCUUGCCGAAACUUACCGAUGUUCCGUAAGAGAGCAUCAAAAUUUCUCAAAGUCAUGUAAACCAACACGAUGACAUACUUCACCGGGCAUUUGGAUUUGCAGAGUUCGAACAAAUCGGACAUAUCGUCAUCUGUUAUUCCGUCUUUGAUU